CUCCGAUCUCUUCUCUCAUGGGCAAUUGCCAAUUGGGGCAUUGGGCAUCACUCAGAGCACACGUUGCUUCGGAUCCAUGGCCGCGCAUCGGUAGCGUCUCAGACUCAGGCUCAGGUAUCCAGCCUCCACAUGGCACCCUUGCAUUUUUCUGCUUUCUCAGAAAAGAACCCAAGUGCUUAAAUAACGAUCAUAUAAAGCAUUGUACAGUCCAUUUCCGGCACCACUCUGCACUUGACUUUCGCGAGUGCCCCCCAUGCCCGAGUCACCUGCAUCUCCGGCCAAACCCCCCUCGCAGCCGGGAUCUCCGCUCAAUGCCGCCACUCCGUCCCCAGCGUCGGCAUUGCUGCGAGGCUCCGUGCUGCUCAUCGCCUUCCUCGUACUCCAGCUCGUGCUCCUCUGGAACAUCCUCGGCCUCCCCAGCUCCCGCUUCCUCCCGGUGCCGGGCCAAAGAGACACUACCUGGCCCAACGGCGCAGUCAACGGCGGAGCGUGCGAUGAGGGGCUCAUCUACGUCUACGACCUCCCGUCGGAGUUGAACCACGACCUCGUCGACGACUGCGAGAGCCUGUGGCCCUGGUACUCGUUCUGCCCGUACCUAACCAACGGCGGCUUCGGCGAGGCGGCCGCCACGCUGCCCGUCUUCUUCAACGUCACACGGAACGUGUCGUUGCCCAGCUGGUACAACACCGACCAGUUCCAGCUCGAGGUCAUCAUCCACCGCCGCCUCCUCUCCCACCGGUGCCGCACCACCGACUCGUCGCUGGCCACCGCGUUCUACGUCCCGUUCUACGUCGGCCUCGACGUUGGCAGCCACCUGUGGGGGGACAACUCUACCGCUGCCGACCGCGACAGGGCAGGCUUGAGGCUGCUCCGGUGGCUCAAGAACCAGACGUCCUUCCAGAGGUCCGGCGGCUGGGACCACUUCAUCACGCUGGGGCGCAUCACGUGGGACUUCCGCCGGUACGGCGACGACGGGUGGGGCACCAACUUCGUUGUCCUGCCGGGGAUAGCCAACGUGACCCGCCUCGGCAUCGAGGCCGACCGGCUGGACCCCAUGGAAGUCGGCGUCCCGUACCCGACCGGCUUCCACCCCCGCACCGCCGCCGACGUGCGCGCGUGGCAGCGGCACGUGCUCUCCCUCAAGCGCAGCAAGCUCUUCGGAUUCGCCGGUGCGCCGCGCUCCGGGUUCCGGGACGACUUCAGGGAGGUGCUGCUGGAGGAGUGCGAGGACGCUGGGAGCGAGCACUGCCGCUCCGUGGACUGCCGCGGCACGCGGUGCACCGACAACGGCGCGGCGGUGCUGGAGCUGUUCCUGGACUCGAGCUUCUGCCUGCAGCCGCGCGGGGACAGCUUCACGCGGCGCUCGCUGUUCGACUGCAUGGUGGCCGGCGCCGUGCCGGUGCUGUUCUGGCGGCGGACCGCGUACGACCAGUACCGGUGGUACCUGCCCCCGGGGCCGCGCGGCGAGGAGGGGGAGUGGUCGGUGUUCAUCGACCGGCAGGCGCUGCGCGUGGGCAACGUGAGCGUGCGGGACGUUCUGGAGGGGCUCAGCGAGCGGCGGGUGCGGCGGAUGCGGGAGCGCGUGGUGGAGAUGAUCCCGCGGCUGGUGUACGCGUCAUCGUCCGACGGGCUCGGCGACGGCAUGGAGGACGCCCUCGAUGUGGCGCUGCGCGGCGUGCUGGAGCGGUUCCGGCGGCGCCGGGCGAGCACCGCGCCUGUAGGUGUUUCAGCAAAGCACUCGCCAGGCCGCUUCGUCGCCCGGAGUGUCGACGGCAAAUCGACGCCGCCGCCUCCUUCUGACGGCAAAAAUGGUUCGGUAGCGACGGUCAGUAAGGACGACUCAGGAACAAAUCCGAGCCCCCCGGCUUCGUCACACAUAAAAACCGUCGUGUCCAUAGCAUCGGCUUCAACUGGAACGAGCUUGCAAAAAUCGUGAAGUAACUGAAGAGUGAAGACCUUGAACCGUGGACAUAGAAAUGCUGAAUUUCGUUCUGCUGCAUCUGCAUCUUGGAAUUUGGAUCGCGGAUAUCCAGGGUCAACUGUAGCAGAGAGUGAGAUCUAGGGCGGAAUUUGUUGGUUACGGUGGAAUUUGUUGGUUUACCGGGGAGGGCCGAAUGGGAACCACCGCUUGCGUUUAAAAAAAACGGUUUAUAUGUUUUGCUGCUGCCACACUGCCGUGCUAGAUGCAUUGGCGUUAAUUGCAGUUGACCAAGUGGUAGAUUCUUUACAACAUCUAGGGCUCUUUUGGAAUGGAGAAAUUUCACAGAAAUGCUAUAGAAAAUUAUACAGGAAUUAGUUCAAAAUCACAGGGAAAACCCAGGAUUCAGGAAUUUAUACUUCAAUCCAAAAGAGGCCGGCACAAAUUUGUAUCCUACUCCUCUCCGCGCUAAUUUUGUAUAUUCAUCUCUUGACUAUGGUUUUACGCUAUUUGAUUGAUGUCUAAAUAUUUAAUGAGAUCCGUUUA